UGAAUGAUUUGAACCUUUAAAACCGUCAUAAGGAGUCAUGGAAUCACAGUGUAUUGUUUGAACAGAGUGUGUAUAGUUGUUUGUUCUGGUGAAUCGUUCUCAUGAAGUACAUCAUUCUAUGAAAAAUACAAGUUUGUGCUCAUGCUUUUUAUAUAUGAGCUGUCAAUUUCUUGCUUUCAUUUCAUUGAUAUAUGUACAUUGAAUUUAACUCCAGUUUAGUUUAAAUUGGGUUUAUUUCUGCCUUUUAGUCUCUUUUGGUACAGUUCCUAUGCUUUCAUUGCAGUGUGGAACAGACUCAGUUACAAAUCGCUAUUUGGCACACAGUUUGAUGGUAGUAAAAUCGACAGUGGGUGUGGAGUAAGAAUAGAAUCCAAUGCAACAGAUGGUUCUGCCUACAAUUUGGUGGUGAGGAAAGGAUAAAGACUGUGCCUGCACUGCAACUGUCCAUGCUCUAGAGAAACUAAACAACUGUAAUGUUAUCAGUCUUUUAACUUUGGGGGGAAAAAAGACAAACAAACCCAUAUAAAACAGUACUUUUCACACUGUAUAAAAUUGUGGGUCCUAUUAACAUAACUUCAUAUAUUUCGUGAACAUGUAUUUGUCACAAAAAACAGUUCUUUAAUAACCUUUUGUCAGUACUGGUUCCAUACAGUAGAGUGUACUUAUAAAUUCAUCAGUUUGCUAGUUUGGAGGUGUUGGGUGUGAAAAGGCUACUGUUUUUUUGUUAUCCAAUAGAACCCUUUUCAGGACAGAUUGGGUCCAUUUGUUAUUCUUUUAUUUCAAAAAUACUUACACAGGGCAAUAACCAAGCUGUUAAAGCAAUCAUGUUACUCACCACAAGCCUAAUUCUCUACUGACUUUAAUACCGACUCAUAGUCUGUGACCAAAAGAAGCUGCUGAUAUACUUGUAAAACUGAAUGCUAACAGCAGGCAAAAUGCCUGGUCUUUAAAUAGUUAAACAAAAAAGUAAUUAAAUGAGGGAGCCUGUCUUGAAUUACAAAAUGUUCUAAACUAAUAGCUUUGUUCAGUGUUAAAGCAGGACAAACUUUAAUGAAGGUGGUUUAAUAUGAUUGCAAAACAGAUUCCAACUCGUGAGACAAAGUGGGCACCAUACUGAGGGUGGAUUAUAUUAGCUGGUGAAAUGGUGGGGAUUUCUAACAGUCUACCAAAUGAAUGGGUCUAAUUCUCCUGAUGACACUAUUGGGUUUCUUAUAAUACAUAGUUUACCCUUGUCUGGGCAUGAAAUACUGUAAAUGGUUGCUUUCAAAUUAUUUGAGUUGCAUGUGUUUGCUUCACUGAACUUACUUAUCUGAUAGUGGCUUAUCACCCCCCUGGAAGCCUUUGCCCAGAUCUAUGUUAUAUUUCCCUGAUUGUAUGUAUUGGUGACAUUGCCCACAGCCUCUUGCAUAUUGAAAUGUUUGUACUGGGAAGGCACAGGCAAACCCAGCCUCAGGGCCAUCAUUUCCAAGUAUGCCAUGUAUCCUUUCAUCACACAAGGUUAUAAAGUGCAAGCUACUUCGAACCAUGAUACUUGUCUAAUUGUAACACACAGGUAUACAAAUUAUAGGUGUUGGCUUUAAGUCACUGAGUCUGCAGGUACAAAUUCUAGCACUGAGAUCUACAGUUAGUUGGAAGAGUUAGUCACAAACCUCAAACCCUGUGAUCACGGACACCUCUGUGAUUUUCUUUUUUUCUUAAACACUUAAUACUGAAGUAGGAACACGUAUGACAGGCUGUUUCAGAUAAAAGCUUGGGAUGAGCUACAGUUAGAGGUAUUUUUUCAGAAGGGGUUGGUGCUUGUGAGCGAAAUCCUUUCAUUCACAUUCAACUCUGCACAAGCAUGGCCUGGUCUGGUGAGGUCACUGGCACUGCAGUGGUGUGCUGGGGAUUCAGAGCAGGACUUGCAGACUGCACAGCUGUUCUGCCUAUCAUAUACUCCAGUCAAUUCUGAUUUUGAUGAACAGGUUAAUACUCUUGCUUACUAAGAACUUUUUUUUUCUUCGCAUGGCCACUGUUUAAAAUACCUGAGAUAAUGACUUUACUUUUUUACAAAUUUUUUCUCAAAAUGUUACUGCUUAAUUUGGUAUGCACAAUGUGGAUUUUGUCUCACCGCUGCAACCCAGUUACCAAUUAGGAGUACUAAACAUCAAUGCGCAACCUCUAUUCCCCUUUAUAAGCAAAUCCCCUCUUUUCACCCAUAAGCAACUGAUGUUACCAAGCUUUUGAAUCCUGAAGGCAAGGGUCCAGUCUGGGAGGUUUCUGUCUGUGACUAGCAGGGGUCGCUGAUUUCCAAUGAUACCAGCGAGCCCCAGAUGACCUUCCUCCCAGGAGAUAAAACUUUUACAUCAUGGGGCUGAUGUAAGGAUAGGUGUCGUGCAAACAAUUGCCGCUGCAAAAUUCAAAUUGCAUUGCGGCCAGACAAGUAUUUUGCACUGCAGCCUAUGUAAGGUUAAGAGCAAUGCAAAUUACUCAACACACACAAAUAAUGAGCUGCAAUUUGAGGGUUGCAAUGAGCGCUACCUGUGCAUCGGGCUAUUUAGCAGUAGCACUUACAGCCCACAGGUGAGGGGAGUUAGUAGUACAGAGAGCAGUAUGUGCUGUAUUAGAUUUGAGGAGCACAAAAAUCAAACAAAACAAAACAGAAAAUGUCGGAAUAAGGGCAGCAAAGUCCUCUUGGGGCACAGAAAAUAAAUGUUUUUUGAGGUUUGUCACGGGUGAAACAUGUCAGCAUGAAAUUUAGUUAUUUGGAAAAGCCUCAGCCAACAUCAGUUAUGCUGCCAAAGAGGCCACAUGGUCCUCUAUAGUGGAGAAAGUCAAUGCUGUCUGUGUUACCAGGAGGACAGACAGGUGAUGAAAAGGCGAAAUUCAGCUAUUAGGUCUAGGGUGGCCUGUGGAGUGAGACGAUAACACCUUACCACCGCAUCCUCCAGCAACAAAGUGACCCUGGGUUUGAAUAUGCGGGGUCUUCUCAAUCUUCCCCUUCUCUUCCGAAGCUUUUCCUGCCUGUCCUCAACAAGAGUCAAGCGUUGUCGCAUCAGGAAGUGUACCACAGCAGCCAUCCUGAGGCCAAUGACAGGUCUCUGAAGGUGUGUGCUUUUAUACAGCCCUUAAUUACUUGCUUCUACAAUGGUUUGCACCUUGUAAGAGGACAUACAAAGUUUUUGGAGGGUCAGCAAUUGUCCAAGUGCAAGGCAAAAUACUCAUUAUAAUGUUUGCACCUGCUUAGUAUUCCACAUUCCCGCCCAAUUCCAUGCUCUUUUCUUCAUUUGAAUAUAUUUCAAUAUAAUUUAAAUGGAUUAAUGAUGGAAAAGUGUUAAUUUGAUAGCAGGUGCAAAACGGCAGGUGAAAACCAUUCUUUACAUAUGCCGCAUUUUUAGUGGCCACUACAGUGCCUUUAUGGCAACUAAACUUUAUAGCAGCUAAACGCAGUUUGCACAAGCAAAACGCAGAUUUUGGCCGCAAUAUGGGUGUUUUGCAGCCGCAAAUUACUUUGCACGUAUCCUUACAUCAGCCCCCAUAUGUAUUGUUUUUCUCAUUUAGUUACAAAGGUAUUAUUUCAGUGUAUUCUGCAGUCACUGUAGGUGUCCGGAUCAUGAGGAUUCAUGGUAUUUAUGCUUUACCUAAAUGUGUCACCACAGAUAAUAAAAAUAAUAAGAAAAAAAGUUACUGUUUUAAGCAACAUUACAAUAGUCAGACCUGCUUUUAUGUAAAAAAAAAAAAAUAAUAAUAAUAAUAAUAAUAAAAAUAAUAAUAAUAAUAAAGUUUAAAUAUGUACUGUGUAUAAGGUACAAUGAGAUCCAAUCAUUCUAAAUAACUUCAGCAUAUAUUCUGAAUUCUUGUUGUAUCUUCCAUAAUAUAGUCAUUAUGAAUAUGUAGUCAUUUUGUUUUCCCUUUUAUAACGUGGCUAAACCAGACGACCCACCUUCUUUGUUUUGAGUUAAUAAUUAAAAAACAUGGACACACCUCAGAGAACGAACACUUCAAGUAAUAGAGUUGCUACUUUCUUCAACUAUGUUAAAUAUUAACAAACAGAAUUCUCCCCUACAUAGCCUGAGUGGCUGUUUGUAGACACUCCUUGGAGAACUUAGAUUGUUGACGAGCUAGCUGACGUUCACCAGCUCCUUGAUGAUCCACUUAAAAGAUGCUGGAAGCAAUCACGUGUUCCUGCCAUGCAGAUUAACAUCACAGAUAUUCAUCAUAAAGGUGACCACACAACUGAGCAUGAUAAACUUCUGAAAGUCAGCAUUCGGCUAUUCUGCUGCCUGCUGUCUUAGAAUUGCAAGAUACAAUAAUGUGACACUAUGGUCUCCCCUCUCUGUAAGGCAGCUGUAUUGCCUGUCAGUCCUAUAAUGACUUUGAUUUUCUUUGACCUUCAUAUACUUUACACUGCCACAGAAGCCUGUUGGAAUCGGGCAUCAUACUCUACGUGGCUUCUCCUGCCUGGAAUGGAACGGAAGUGUUCUACACUGGGUUGUGUUGUCAAUAUAUACUGUAGGAGCUUGAUGGUGUUGAACAAUGAGAUUGACUUAAACUUGUUAACUGUAGUGGACAUAUAUUGUUUGGCGAUAUAGACCCCUCUCUACCAUUUCUUUCAGGUUACAAAGGUUAUGCCAGUUACUCUUCUCUGGCUUUUCUAGGGUCGUAUUUAUUUAUCUGUUGAAUUUCUCUCCAGAACAAGUCUCUUUUUAUUUCUGAGGGGGUGUUGGUGGUCUUUCUGGUCUUUACAAUAAAAACAAAAGAAAGUAGAACAAAUAAAAUGCACAUUACAUAUACAGUAUCCAUCUACAUAUACAGCUGGAAUUGCACUUCAAGUCCCUUGGCAGGGGGGUGCCAAGGUUGUGAAAGGGGCAGAGAUGUUCCAAAACCUGCUUGAUUUCGAACUCUCCUGCACUGGGCAUUUCUACUUGUCAUCCCUAGGUGACCAAGCUACUAAGGAAACACAGGUAAUAAGUAAAAAAAAAACUGCCCUCCAGCUACAGUAUGUCAGUGAUCCAUAUAAACAUGUAGAACCUGCUUUUCCAUAUGCAAACUCAACAUUUCAGUUAAGCCGUAAUUUCAUAUAAAACACGGCUAUAUUUGAUUAUGCAUAUAAUGACCAGUUAAGAGUAAAACAAUAAACAGUUUUAAUUUCAUUUCACUCCAAAAUCUCCAAAGUAUUGAAUAAUGUAAAUAAAGCUCACUCUAGACACAACAGAACCGUGCUGCCAAUAUAGCUUAUGUAGUACUUACAUGUGCAAAUAUAGAAGACACGAAUGUUAUGAAAUGGGUUACCUUUAAGAGUUGCACUUAUUUACAGAACUGUGUAAUGCUGAUACCAAAUGUUAGGUCUAUAUCACAAAAUAAUUUUUGAAUUCUGAAAGUAAUAUCAAAUUCCCAUAAUUAGACAUAUUCUCAAAGCUUUCUUUUUUUUUGCUGAAAGGAAAAUUAGUUUUAUUUUGUGAGCUAAACUCUUUUAAAGAAUUCAUACUAGAUAAUAAUGCUCCUUUGUUUUGCAUGUAUUGUUAUUUAAAAGGUACACAAUCUUAAAACCAUGAAGGAACGUUUUUUAAUUAAUUUAAAAAAAAAGUAACCUGUCUACACACCUCAUGCUAUUUGAUGUCGUGAUCAGUCUAGUUUCCCAUAUCUGUCUUCUUAAAGAUAUAUAAAAAUGUAAAGCAUUAUAAUUAGGUCACAUUAAGGAAGCCUACAGUAAAUAUCGACAUGUUAAGAUAAUGGUAAGCAGUGUAACAUGCUGUGUUCCAAUAAUGGACAGGUAGAAACAUAAAAGGGCAGCAGUGUGGAGUAGUGGUUAGGGCUCUGGACUCUUGACCGGAGGGUCGUGGGUUCAAUCCCUGGUAAGGGACACUGCUGCUGUACCCUUGAGCAAGGUACUUUACUUAGAUUGCUCCAGUAAAAACCCAACUGUAUAAAUGGGUAAUUGUAUGUAGAAAAAAAUAAUAAAUAAAUAAAUAAUAAAAUUGUAAGUCGCCCUGGAUAAGGGCGUCUGCUAAGAAAUAAAUAAUAAUAAUAAAAAAACAAUACAUUAAUAGAACACUACUAACGUACAUAGUUUGAUUAUACUAGAUUGGAAACCAUUCAUACUUUUGGGGGUUAAGGUACCUAAAACAAACAACAGAUUUAACGUGUAACUGCGUAGUCCACUUAUUUGGAGCGACCGUUUAUGAUCUCAGCGCAUGCAUAAAUUUCCACACUUUUUUUUAUGCCCUUACCUGUAGAGAAACAAGGAAGUGGGUUAAAAAAAGGGUUAGGCACGUAAGAAUGUCUCAGCCUUCACAGAGCCAGUUUCACCUAUACAGGUAAGGCAUGCAUUUUAUGCGUCAGCUUCAGGUUGCAAUUCGAUACUGUCCUUAUUCAUUUAAACUUUUGUAAACGAGUCAAACUCGUGGCGAAAAUGAAAAGCAACGUGUUAAUGUUGUAUAACAAUUAACUUGUUGUCUAUGCAGCCGAAACAACCGUGGAGACUAAUGGGGAUUACACUGCUCAGCGUUAUUCUCUUUCUGUUCAGACACGACUUUGUGGAAGGAACAUGUUCUAUUGAGAGCGCAAUGACAUGUGAUGACUGUUUGCAGCUUGGACCACAGUGCGCUUGGUGUUCGCAAGAGAAUUUCACAGACUCGUUAUCUAACAGUAAAAGAUGUGACAAUCUAACCAAUCUUCUGAUGAAAGGAUGUCCAGAGGAUUUAAUUGAAUUUCCCAUCACCAAGGUUGUGAUUCAGAAAAACGAAUCUUUGGGAGGUGGAGGAGGGCAGAAAAACAACAGGAAUGUUACACAAAUAGCUCCUCAAAAAAUGACUCUAAAACUACGACCAGCUAAUGAGGUCACAUUCCAAGUUGAUGUUCAGCAAGCUGAAGAUUACCCUGUUGAUGUCUACUACCUGAUGGAUCUGUCAGCAUCUAUGGUUGACGACCUUGAAACGAUUAAGGAACUGGGUACUACACUCUCCAAGGAAAUGGCAAAGCUUACCAGCAAGUUCCGCCUAGGAUUUGGAUCAUUUGUUGAGAAACCAGUAUUACCAUUUAUAAGAAAAACUCCAGAAGAAUUAAAGAACCCAUGCAAGGAUGUUGACCAGUUUUGCUUGCCAACUUUUGGAUACAAACAUGUUCUUCCUCUAACUGACAGUGCUGAGAGAUUCAAUGAAAUCAUUACAGAUCAACAAGUUUCAGCUAAUAUUGACAUUCCAGAAUGUGGUUUUGAUGCUAUCAUGCAAGCAGCUGUCUGUGGGGAUAAGAUUGGCUGGAGGAAUGAUUCAAUGCAUCUCUUGGUGUUUGUAAGUGACGCUGACUCCCACUUUGGAAUGGAUAGCAAAAUGUCAGGAAUAGUCAUCCCUAAUGACGGACAAUGCCAUCUGGACAGCAACAAUGAAUAUUCCAAAUCAACAGUCCUGGAGUAUCCAACACUUGGACAACUAAUAGAUAAGCUUGUGGAAAAUAAUAUUCUUCUCAUUUUCGCUGUGACUGAGGAUCAGAGAAACAACUAUGAGAAUUAUGCUAAGCUGAUCCCCGGAGCCACAGUUGGAAUACUUCAGUCUGACUCUAGAAACAUUCUGCAACUGAUCAUGACUGCAUACAAAGAAUUACGCUCAGAAAUAGAGCUGGAAGUGGAAGGUGACACUGAAGACCUGCAAAUUUCCUUUACAGCGAUUUGUCAAGACGGCACAGUUCUUCCAGGACAGAAAAAAUGUUCUCAUCUUCAGGUCGGACAUACGGUUUCAUUCAAUGUUACAGUGGAAUUAACAGAUUGCUUGAAGAAGCCCAAGCACUUUACAAUUAAACCAGUGGGAUUCCAAGAUGUGCUGGAGGUUGAGAUCGAAGCGAUGUGUAGCUGUGUCUGUCACCAUGAAGCAGAGCUGAACAGCUCCAGGUGCAGCGCCGGGAAGGGCACUUUCCAAUGUGGCAUGUGUGUGUGCAACCCCGGCCACAUGGGCCCACACUGUGAGUGCACUGAAGAGAACAUACAAACUAGCCACUGCAAAGAAAAUCUGGAGGGAGAAUCAUGUAAUGGGCAAGGAGAGUGCUACUGUGGACAGUGUGUUUGCCACCCUUCCAGUUUUGGCCGCAUUUACGGCGCAUAUUGUGAGUGUGAUGACUUUUCCUGUGUGAGGUACAGAGGACUUCUUUGUGCAGGUCAUGGGAAUUGUGACUGUGGGGAAUGCGUGUGUCACAGUGGCUGGAUUGGUGAAUACUGUAACUGCACCACAAGUACAGACGCCUGUGUUUCAGAUGAUGGAGUACUCUGUAAUGGAAGGGGAGAGUGUGUUUGUGGUAAAUGUGUUUGCACGAACCCCGGAGCCUCGGGCAGUAAUUGUGAGCGAUGCCCCACCUGUGGAGAUGCCUGCAGUUCCAAAAGAAGCUGUGUUGAGUGCCACCUAUAUGCAAAAGAACAGUCACCAGAAGAAUGCUAUGAAAAAUGUAAAGCCAUCCAUACCACAGUCAUUGUUACAGAAGAUUUUAAAGACAACAGAUCAAUUCUGUGCACCUUACAAAGUGAUAAUGAAUGCAUUAUUUCAUUCCACAUGUCAGCUGAUGAGUACAGACUGACUUAUGUUUACAACCUUAAAGAAGCAGACUGUCCUAAACCUCCAAAUAUUCCUCUGAUAAUUUUGGGUGUUUCCAUGUCUGUUCUUACCAUUGGGAUCAUCCUGCUCAUCAUUUGGAAACUAUAUGUGUCUGUUCAUGACCACAAAGAAGUGGCUAAAUUUGAAGCGGAACGAGCAAAUGCUAAAUGGCAAACGGGGACAAAUCCACUGUUCAGGAGUUCUACUACUACCUUUAAAAAUGUGACAUACAGAAAUACUGGAAAACAAAAAGUGGACAUUUCUUCAGAGCACUACUGACAGAUUGCACACAGUACUGUACACUACGAAAUGUAAAACAAAACGGCAGAGUGCACUGGUUUUACAUGUUUUACUACCUGUUUUGGUAUUUGUAUAUGUUGGUGUGGAAUGAUGGAAUGAUACUAGAGACUUUGUUGUACACUGGAAAUAUAUAAUUGAUCCUGUUAUUUCAAACCAAUAAAAUGUUCCAUACCUUUCAGGGACAUUUCACGUUCAAGAGGAGAAUAGCCUACAGUUGUGUUUAAACUCUAAUUUAAAUUGAAUGCACUUCAAUUUGCUGCUUUGAAAUAACACAAGAAUUUGUUUUGUUUUUACUACUGAUACAAACUUUAAGACUGAAAACUGGAUGGAAAUGUCAUUCUAAUUACUAUAUAUGCAAACUUAUUAGGUUCACAUUCAUAUGAGCACCAUUGUGUAGACACAAUUUUAACAUAAGUUCUCUAAAAUAAUUAUGGGUGUUAAAUUGAAAGAAAAUAUUGUAAAUAUGUGUGUUGUUAAGGCUGUGCCUUGACUGGGUUGAAAUUGUUUGUUUUAGACUGUAAAUGGUUAUACACGUUUUGGUUUAUUUAGAAAUUAAAAUGUCUUAAUAAAGCCUGUUGUUUUUUUAA